UAUAUUUUAUUAUUUUUUCUUUUUCUUUUUUUUUUGACUUCUUAUUCGUCGACCUUCAUAAACGUUAUAUGUUUAUAUUAUAUAUAAACGAAUAUUAUAUUUGUUUAUUUUUUUAGAUACUUUUUUUUGUUAUUAAAAAACUUAUAAAAAAUGUCGCAGGCCAGGAAAAAAAAGUCAAAUGAAGCUUUUGAAGAAAUAAAUACUUCACUGACGAUAUCUGACUUAUCAAAGUAUUAUCAAUUUAAUUGUGAUAAGUUGAUAAAACUCACAUCAGAUCAAGAUUAUAAAAGACAAAAAUUACAAGAAUCUUCUAACAAAAAAAAAUAUGUACCUAAAAUGGAUGAUUCAACGUUACGUGAAGCUUUAAGACAUCGUGGAGCAGAAUUUGAAUCAGAUAUUAAAGAUAAAUUGAGUAAUGUGGUAGACUGUCGAGACGUAUCGCCUGAUGAGGCUAAAAAUAUAUUAAGAAAAGUCGAAGUUGGUCAAACUUUGUAUCAAAUGAAAUUUAUAGUACCUGAGGAAUUUUAUGAAGAAAUGGGUAUAAAAAAUGUUGUUAAGUUAAAAGCUUUCGUACCUGAUUUUAUUGAAGUUAGAGAAGAAGAUGGGGAGAAAAAAUUGAUGGUUUAUGACGCAAAGGCUUCAAAAUCUGCGCGAGUUCCACACCAGUUUCAAGUGGCUUCAUAUGCAUACCUUCUCGAUUUUAUAGUUCAAAAGAUUCGUGGACUUGCUAUUUCGCGUACAGGUGGAAUUUAUUUACCGCCUUUCCAACUACAAACAUUUCGUAUGGACUUUUUACUUCCAAAAAUAGAUAGAUUCUUUCGCGAGGAUUUACCUAAUAUUUUAACUAAAAAAACAGUACCUUGGCAUUAUAACUCAAGAUGUAGAACUUGUGAAUUUGUAAAUGUUUGUAGAAAAGAUGCUGAAGGUUCUAUUGCGAUGAUUCCUUAUUUAUCGCUUGAGAAAGCUGUGGAUUUGAAAACUUUUAUACGAGAUUGGAAAUCAGGUGAAGAUAAUGUUGAUAUCGAAGAUUUGUCAAAUUAUUUUGAUGAAUUAAAUAUUGAGGAUGAGAAUGCGAAAUCCAGUGAUCAAGCCGUAAACAAGAGAAUUAAACAUAUUGUUAAAUAUGAUAAAAAAUUGAAAAGUUCGCCAUAUUUGAAAGCUAUAGAAACUAAACAGGCACAGUUUAUUGGGAUUGCAACCACAAAUUUUCCCCAAACAACAGAUCAUAACUUAUUGAUUGCAAUGUCUUUGGAUCCUUUCUUAUCACGUCCUUUCGGAUGGGCAAUAUGCCUUUAUUCUAGUGAUGGAAAAAUUGUACCGAAUUUUAGACGCUUUGAAUCAUCUAUGAAGGAUGAUGAAUCUCUACCAUCAUUCACCUCUCUAAUGGAUAAGUUCGUAACCGCAUUGGAAAAAAGUUUUGAAUAUUUAGCAAAGGUUAAAUCUAGAGCUUGCAUCUUUGUCUUCUCUGAACAAGAAAAAAAAGCUCUUCAAGAUGCCUUGUUGGAAAUUAUUUCUAUGGAUGAGAAUUGUAUUUCACAUGCAACGCAACAUACAGCUGUGAGGUGUUUAUUUAAUUUAUUUGAGGAUUCAUCAUUGUUAUUAGCUUCAGGAAAUAAUGAUGAUGGCAAUAAUACGGAACUUCCUGACGAAUGGCGAGAAUUUCCAAGAUUGAUUGUUUUAGAAAAUGCGAUAAAAGAAAAUAUUGCAAUUCACGUGCCCGGAUUUUACCGCUUUAUUGAUAUAUGGGAACAAUUGGUGAAGCCAAAAUUAAAGGAUGAGGAGCUGUUAAAUUCGUUAGAACAACACAUUGAACUUAUCGACUUAGAAGAUAUUUAUGCUACAUGGGUUUCUUCACAAAGUUCGACAUCAAAAAUUAAUUCAGCUCAUUUACAUAGGGUUGAUUUUGGAAUUGCUGUAAUAAAAUCUUAUUAUGAGCUCCUUAAGGAAUCAACUGAUGAUAUUGCUUCAAAAUUGAUAUUUACCCCACAAGUUUUUACUUUUACUGAAAUUAAAGCUUUUGGACAUAAUUAUCUGGGUAAAUUAUAUUUUUUUAAACAAUUUGAAGCUAUAACUGAAUGUGCUCAAAUCAGAUCCAGUAGAAUUAAAGAUUUAAUACAAGGUGAAGCUGUAUAUGGAAUUCGACUACAAUUUGAGAAAUUUACUAAAAAGGAAGGUUCGGAAUGGGUUGCGAAAUUCGUUAUUUUAAGUAGCGGUAAAGAAGUUAGUGUAUUAGAACCUCGCACUUUUAAAGAUUUUAUUCUGGUUGAAGAUAAUCCGGAGGGUGUUCUGAAAGCAAUCCUAUUUCCAGAUAUGAGAUACCGAGAUAAAUUUUUCGGGUAUCCUUUAUCGGUUGUAUGUCUUAAUGAAGUUGAAAAUAAAGAUCCACAAAAACGGAUAAUUCAUUUAAAGGGAUUCUUCAAAGAGAAGUUUACUGAAAAUGCGACUUAUCGCCUUUAUAAACGUUAUAUUGACUUUAAUCUUGAUAAAGUAUCAACAAUUCUAACCGAGAUAGACGAACAAGACGAUAAGAAGUCGAUAUUUAUGAAUCUCUUGAGUAAUCCUAAUGCAUGGGGUUCUUCCUUAAUUGAAGAAGAACGUUUUAGAGAAAUGAAAAAUACAGCUUUGAAGCUACGAGAUUCUUUUUCAAUGUCUCCAUCACAAAAAGAAAUCUCGGCUGAAUUGUUGGAAAGAAGACUUCAAAUUGUAUGGGGACCACCUGGUUCUGGUAAAACACAUUUCCUUGCGUUGUUUACAACAUGGUAUUUGAGUACUGUUAAGCAUAACCCGACGGGCAACAAUAGUAAUUAUAUAAUCGGUGUAACGGCUUUUACUAGGGCUGCUAUCGAAAAUCUAUUGGAUAGAAUUUCAACUGUACAAAAACAACAUCAUAAGACAAGCGAUUUUUCUAUCGUUCGUUUAGUUAAAGACUUGAAAAAGAAGCCUUUAAAUGGAUUAGCAGAAUGUAAGGCAGAAAGCUUACCUAAAAAGAUUAAAGGGAAUAAGAUUGGAAUUCCCGGAAAACCAAUUGUGAUUGGAGGUACAGUUUGGGAUUGGUUUAAAGUAAGAAAGGAAUGGAAAUUUGGUUGGGCCGGAUGUGAUAUAAUGAUAAUUGAUGAGGGUUCUCAGUUAUUAGUUUCGGAUGCUAGCAUUGCUAUUGAAUGUAUAAAUCCGGAUACAGGGAAACUCAUUGUCGCCGGAGAUCAUAUGCAACUUGGGCCGAUUAUUCAAAAUACAUAUCCCAUAUUUCCGCCUGAUCAUCCUCUCAUAUUUGGAUCUAUUCAACAAUGUUUAAUGCGUAAAGGAAAUGGAUCUGUUUUUAGCGAGGAAGACUUCUUUUUGAAAAGAGGGCAGAAACAUGACUUUGGACCUCUUACUCUUCAACUCAGAGACAAUUGGAGAAUGAAUGAAGAAUUGAAUGGGUUUUUCCAAAAGAUUUAUGGUGAUGAUUAUAUUUCAACACAUCCAAAUCUGAAGCUCACUUUCGAUGAUUCAAAAUUAAUUCAUAUUAAGGAUCCAUUAAUUCGAAAGAUUUUAUCACCAGAUUCGGCAAUUACAUUAGUAAAACUUUCUCUAGAUAAAAAUAUAGAAUUAGAAGAGGAUCCUAGAAUAUUAUCAUCUGGUUUAUUAUCUGAUCAAUUUUUACAAGCUGAAGCUGAUGUUGUAGCAAAAAUAACUUCAGCAUAUUUUGAUACACCAAAAACAAUACAAGGGAUGAAGAAACCAUCAUUAUUUAUAGUAACACCACAUCAUCGACAACGUCAUGCGAUUCAAUCGCGUCUAGUAAAAUAUUUAAAUGAUCAAGAUAUUAAUUUACAAAUUAAUACGGUAGAAAAAAUGCAAGGACAAGAAGCAGACCUUGUUAUAUCAUGUUUUGGAUUUUUAGAUUUAAAUGAAAUUUCUCGAGAAUCAGAAUUUUUAUUUGAUAGAAAUAGAUGGAAUGUAGCUAUAAGUAGAGCAAGAUGUAAAGUAAUAGUUAUUACUACUGAUGAAAUGUUAUAUCCUAAAAGUAUAGAAAUUUUUGCUAAUAAGAAAACCAGUGAGGGAUGGGUAUUUCUUAGUAUGGUAGAAAAAUGGGUACGAGAUAAAGAUAAUGAAAAAUUUAAUGGAAGGAAAAGAACUAAGAAUAAAAAUAUUAUCGAAUGGGUUGUUGGAGGUGAACAUUUAUUUAAUGAUAGCGAUUCUGCUACUAUUUCUAGUCAAGGAAGUAAGGAAAGUCAAGAAAGUCAAGAGAAUUUAGGGAGUCAAGGGAGUAAAAGAAGUAAGGGAAGUAAAGUAAAAAAGGUUUCUAGUUAAGUAAGUAAUGAUGAUUAUAUUAAAUGAUAUUCAAUAAUAUUCUGUCAAUAAUUCUUUUAUAAAUAAAAAUUUUAUAG